AUGAGUCAAUUAAAAACUUUAGGUUAAAUUAAUUCUUUAAAUAGAAAUAGUUUUCAUUAGUCUCAACCUAAUAAUGUUGUACCAAAUUCUAGUCCCAACUAAAUUUCUCAAAAUAGCCAACUAAUAAAUAUUCAACAAUCAUGUCAACUUAAUUUAUAUUAACCAAAUCAUAAUUAAGAUAGUGGAAUUUUAUUAAAUUAAUAACAAAUUUCUCCAUUCCCAUAAUAAUAAAAAUUAUCCUCUAAGAUAAAAUUUUUAGGAAAGGUUCCUGAUUAAAAUCCUACAUUAAUAGAAAAAGAUAAUAGUAUUAUUAUUUUUUAAAUUAGAUUUUAAUUAUCAGGCAAAUUAAUUUAACCCUCCCAAUUUUAUAGACUAGAAUUUAUUCAUAAGAUAAAUUCCAAUGCCAAAGCCAAAACCAAAACCUUAAGAAGAAAUUCCUUAAAUAGAAAUUCCUUAAAUAGACAAUUCUUUGUUCUAACGUUAAUAACCUUAAUAAACUUAAUAAAUUAAAACUAUUGAAAAGCCUAUAGAAGAUGUUAAUAAUGAUGGAUUUUAAUAGUUACAGGCAAAUACACUAUAUCAAACAAAAAUAAUUAAUUGUUUUUAUUGUAGAACGCCUAUCCAUAAGUAAUAGAUAGGACUUAAUUGCUUACAUUUUUACCAUUAAGAAUGCUUUUAAGAUAUAAUUAAUUAAUAAAUAAAUACAGGAAAAUGUAUUUGCUUAUGCAAUCAAAAAAUUCCUCAAAAGCAAUUAUUAACAUUAUUAACUCUUAAAUAGAAAGACUAAUUUCUUGAUAAUUAAUAUAAAAAAAUAACAGAAAGUAAUCCUAACUUAAUAAAUAUGGGAAAAUGA